UGUCUGUAUGGUGUAUAUUGAUUUGGUAGAAUGUUAACUGUGCAGGAGCAAUUUAGGUAAUUUCUUUCAAUAAUUACACAUUAAUAUUAUAUAUUAUGUUAGUUCAACUUGAUUAAAUAGACUUUUUUUUAUGUAACUGUGUCUAACAUUCGCCAUGAGAUGAAUUUUUGAACGUUUAUUCUUACAACAUAUGCGUUUCACCCACAGCACUUCUUCCUUGUUCUACUGCACAUCAUUCAAUCAGCUCGUAGUAGCGCCACCGGCGCAGCCAAUAGGAAGCGCGCUCACAUUAAGGCAGGAUUUAACUUAAACAACCCUCGAACUUUAAUACUUAUCACCUUGUAUAUAUAUACUGCUGAAAAAACGCAGGGCACACUUCUAUUACACACUGGAUCACGAUAAACCAAAUAUACAAGUAAAAACUAAAUACUUCACUAAUCACAAAAUCAUCUGUCUGAAAUGUCAAAACUAAAUAUUCUCAAAAACAAAUUCUUCUUCACUAUGUUGACCUACAAUUUACUACACAGCCUGAAAUCACUUUAUGAUUGUCGCAGUCUCUUGUUUCACUCUGAUUGGACAGAUCCAAGCGCGCACUUAUUCAAUAUUUCUGAAUGACGUCAGAAAUUCUGCGCGUCCACUGGUUUAUAUUUAAAUUUAAACUCCAGAGGUCCGCGAGUGCUUAAGAGUUUCUGUAUAAACGCUUUACACUGAUCUUUCACUGACUUUAAAAGCUUCUGAAAAUGAGUGGAAACGUCGAUUCAACAGAAGGAGUCGAGAUAUCAGCUGGGAUGGAAGUCCGGAUCAACCGAAGAAACUUUCCCAUCAACUUGUGGAAUUUGGUGAAUGAUCCUCAGAUUUGUUCAAUCUGCUGGGAUGACAGUGGGGAAGGAAUUCUAAUCUGUCCAGAGGCCUUCAAAGCUGAAGUGCUGUCUAAAGCCAACAAGGAGAAGAUCUUCAGAACUACGAAUUUCAUCAAUUUUGUUCGUCAGCUAAACCUGUAUGGCUUCAGGAAAGUUUGCCCAGACUAUAAGAUCUCAUUGACAGAAGUGAGCUUCAUACAGCACUAUUUUAACCCUGACUUCAAACGGGCCAACCCGGAGCUUCUGGUGAAUCUAAAGAGACUCACACCUUCCAACAGGGCCAAGCUUGCCACUGGGCAAGAUGUCUCCAACCACACAAGUACUUUUCAUCCAGUGCUGAAUUCACCUGACAUCUCUGCUGUGGUCGAAGUCCAGAAGAUGGGUUUUGUUGCAGAGAACCAUUGCUGUAUCCCAGGCUCUUUGGAUUCCAACAUGACCUGCUCCCAACAAGAAGUUGCCUCCUCCACUCAUUGUGGCUAUUAUCCUAACCACUUAUUGCCCAGGACUCAUAUAACCACCUCCAGUACACUGGCCAGGAUCCAAACUGGGAAUCAACUGAUGUCCAGUGCGACUUAUUGAGCCACCUUCUGCACACUGGCCAGGGUCCAGAUCCCAGGAAGAAUCACAUGAACCUGGACACUGUAUUCGAUGCAGAUCAGGUUAUACAGAAAGUAUUAAAAUACAGUUAAUUCAGAUUAGAUGAUCCUCCCUCAUUAACACCCCUUGUGCUAAUAGUCUGUGUUUGUUUGUGUGUUUUGUCUC